GGACAAGAACACGCGUCGGUCACGAAUUUCAUCAGAUUUCUACUUGCUUUUCCGUGUUAAAUAUAAGGUUAUUUUGACACAAUGGCUCAAUAAAUCCCGAGCGUGCCCUCCGCACGUCUUAAACCUAAUCAAAAUGGGUAUUUUAUACACAACGGUUAAAGACUUGUUAUAUUACACAGUCACACACAAAGAUGGAGUACGAGUUUCUAGAAAGUUCGGAGAUGUUUAUGCCUGUCUUUGGCCAAGAUGAUUUCAAUUUUUCGCUCUUCCAAGCGGAAGAGAAGAGUGAAAAUAUUGACAAUAAUGUUUUGGUAGAGAAAUUUGCUGACUAUGGAGAUUCCACAGCAGCAGAAAUUGGCCCAAACUUUGAAGAUUCUGAGUCAUUGUUUGACAAUGAAUGGAUGACUACGAAGAUUGAUCUGGGUUGCCUUCCAGACCAGCCUCAUAACAACUUCAUUUUGCCAAGCAAUGACGCACAUCUUCACUCUACCAUACCCUCAGUUUCUGUUGAAACCCAAUUGGAAGUCCCAUCCUUAUUGAGUGCCUUGCUUGGCAGCAAGGCCACCAAUGCAGAAACAAGCAAUCCAGUUCACACAGACUCAGGUUGUGUUGAAGAAUCUUCCCUGGAUGAUGUUGCCCCAGUAUCCCCUGAACAGUCAGUUCCUGAUAUAAAUGGUAUGAAUGGGGAGCAGUUCAAAGCAUUGCUUGAUUCGUUCCUCUCAGCUGCCAGGUCUGAUCAAGAGGACUCCUUUGAAAAAGAUAUUUUCAUUCUUGAAACUCCCCCUACCACAGAUCUCCCUGCAAAGAGAAAAAAUGAUGACCCCACACCUCAGGGUCCAAAAGCAAAGGUCAAAACUCCUGAACAAAAACAUCGAAAGCGAAUGCAAAAUCGCAACGCUGCGACGAGGUAUCGCUCCAAGAAGCGUGGCGAACAGGAGAACUUAAAUGCAAAGUGUGAACAACUUGAAGGAGAGAAUGUAGAACUCCGUAAAAAGAUUGAAAGUAAAACACAAGAAAUUCAGUACUUAAAAAAUUUGAUUAUAGAUGUGUUUAGCAAGAAACAUGCCAAAAAUUAACAGUAAAUCUUGUUUUAUUAUCUUCUUCACUUAUUUAUGUAAAUAUUUUAGUUUUUUGUUUAUUUACAGUAUGCUGGCAUUAAUAAUCAUAUUGUAUUUGUAAUUUGAUUGAAUAUAUGUAGCUUUGGUA